AUGCGUUUCACUUCCCUCCUAGUCGCUGCUACCGCGACAUUCUCUCAAUGUCUCGCUGCGAGCUACGGAAGCCAGGGUGAAGUUCCUGCUAUUCGCACGUACUUCAUGGUCGGCGGAGGUUAUGUAGAUGAUGGUGCAGGCGGAGAGAUCUUCCGCGAUCAGAUGUACGUGGAGAGACUGGUACCUACCAAGGGACCGUACAAGUCUACGCCUCUCGUAUUCAUCCACGGACAAGCCCAAACAGGAACCAACUUCCUAAAUAAGCCUGACGGAGGCCGUGGUUGGGCAAGCCAGUUCAUCAACCAGGGCUACGAAGUUUAUAUCGUCGAUCAGACCUUCCGAGGACGAUCGGCAUGGGCGCCCCUCGCCGGUGCUACCAAGCCCUCCACAUACUCGGCAGAGAUCAUCGAGCAGCGUUUUACUGCCGUGCAGGAGUUUAAUCUCUGGCCCCAGGCUGAGAAGCAUACCCAGUGGCCUGGUACCGGCAAGCGAGGAGACCCUGUCUUUGACGCCUUCUAUGCUUCCAAUGUCCAGUUCAUCAACAAUGCCACCUACCAGCAAGAGACCGUCCAGGCUGCUGGUGCUGCCCUUCUUGACAAGAUUGGCAAGCCUGUUAUCCUCCUUGGACAUAGCCAGGGUGGUAUGAUGCCCAUUCUUGUCGCUGAUGCCCGCCCCAAGCUCACCAAGGGUUUGAUCCUUCUUGAGCCUUCUGGUCCUCCAUUCCGAGACGCCGUCUUCAGCACCAAGGCCUCUCGUGCCUACGGUCUGACUGACAUCCCCCUCGUCUACAGCCCUGCCGUCACCGACCCCUCCACCGAUCUUGUCCAAGAGGUCCAGCCCAGCCGUGGCGAGGACUUCGUCGAGUGCAUCCUUCAAGCCAAGGAGCCUGCACCUCGUCGUCUCGUCAACCUUGCCAAGAAGCCUAUCCUCCUCCUGACCUCUGAGGCUUCUUAUCACAUGCCCUACGACUACUGCAUUGCUCGCUACCUUAAGCAGGCUGGUUGCUCCAAGACCAAGCACAUUGAGCUUGGUGAGGUUGGCAUCCACGGUAACGGACACAUGAUGUUUAUGGAGAAGAACAGUGAUCAAAUCCAGGCUCUUGUUGAGCGCUGGGUGCGAUCAACAUAA